CCCCACCCCCCCCAGUACUCGUCAGAGGGUCAGAGCAUUCCUCCUGCAACUAAAUGAGGGACCUAUAAGGGAAUUCUGCAGCCGCAGACCUGUUCUCUCGCAGGCUGAUCCCUGGAGAAUGUGACCGCCUAGAUAACAUUCCACCACUGGGUAUAUAUGCCAGGGUGCUGCCUACAGGGCACCAGAGUAUACGGAGGGGGGUGAUCGAGAGACAGACAGAGAGGAGGAACCCGUGUCAUCUACUGGAGCUGAGGAUGGAGAGGACGCUGUAUCUGCUGUGCGGAUCCCUGCUGCUGGUCACCCUACACCUGCAACGCUCUGCAACCCACCCUGUGACAGAGCCGGACGCAGAGCUGCAAUCCCUCAGGGGUGUGCUAGAGAAACUGGAGGACAAGCUGGCAGUGAUUGAGGCUCUGGAGAGAAGUCCAGGGGUGCUGGAGACCAGAUCGGAAGACCCCCCGCAGAUAGUGACCCCAGAAGAGAGAGAAGACCCCCUGCCUGAUACAAGAGCCACCCGCAACAACCCACCCCCCAUCAAUGACCCGCUCCUCAAGGGGUUAAGGUCGCUACAGAACCGCAGGAUGAUGCGGGGCUCCAGCUGCUUCGGGAGGCGGAUAGACAGGAUUGACGCUCUGAGUGGACUGGGCUGCAACGGGUUCCGAAGGAUUUGACGCAGCUGCAGAGACCCCACCUGCUACCUAAGACCCCUGCAAGAUGCCUCGCGGAGAAUCUUCUAUUUAUGAGGCAACUCAUAUUAAUUUAUUUAUUUAUACCUAUUUAUUUCAUGUUCUGUAAAUACAUUUGUAAUUUUUAACACUUCAUUGUUCAUAAAAAAAUAAAAUAUUGUACACUAUC